AUAUAAAUAACUUUGAUACUUUGCACCGGGGUUUUCCUAGAAAUUAUGACAAAUUUUCUGGUGACAUAUUAAUCGUACUAUUCUGUGAUAUUUUUGCCAAUGUCUUUUUGAUCAUCUUUCAAACUUAAUUAGUUUAAUAAUGUGCUAAGCAUGUCCGAUCCUGAUAAUGAUAAAUCUCUAAAUGAUAAUCAAGAAUAUAGUGAUAAAAAUGUUCUUUUAUCAUACUCGAUACCCGGCGUAAAAACUGAAGAGAAUUUCUCUUCUUUGCGAAAUUUUUUAAAUGAUGCUCAGAAAACGAGCAUUGUUCGACAAGGUUCCAUUGGAAAAAAAUCGGGAAGUGAGGCUACUUAUGAAACAGAUUUAAAAUCAAUGUCAUUAGCAAGUAUGUAUGAAAAUGGGAGUCACUUAUCCAAUGAUAUGGACACUGUAAGAGAUGCCAACAUUUCGCCAGAACAGAGACGAAGUAGUACUUUGCUAUCUGAAGCUAUUGAGAUGGACACCACAGAUGCACAAAAUUCUACUCCUGAUCCGUUUCCUGGUGACAAUAUCAAUCCUUCAUUAUAUUUCAAUGAUGGCAUCAGAUCAAUAGAUUUUGUAUUAGUUUGGAUUGAUACUGAAGCUAAAAAUAAAAAUAGUAGAUCAAAGAAAGAAGAUACACCAUCAAAACUUAAAGAUAGAAUAAAAGAUGCCAAAACUAAAAGGGAAGUUUUUGAAACAAAUCUUAAAAGAGGAUUGGAGCUCGAGAGGGAAACUGUUGGAAAUAACGAAUUUCAUUUUAUAAAAAUUCACACACCAUUAGAAGUAUUGAGAAGAUAUAGUGAAAUUUUGAAACUACGGAUGCCUAUGAGAGAUAUACCUGGUCUAAAACAAGUGAAGUCUAAAACGACCUCAAUGUACGAUAGAUUUUUCUCACGGUUCUUUGUCGAUGAGAAAAAGUUUCCUAAAAAAUCACAUAGAUUCACUGCUGUUUAUUCAAGAGAUAAAGAAUACUUAUUUGAUUUAGAUCAAGAAGACUUUUUUUCUGCAGGUAUUCGUUCUAGAAUAGUUAAGUUUAUAUUAGACCGCAAAAGGUUUUCCAGAGAUGAUACAGAUGAUUUUGCAUUUGGAAUUGAUAGACUGAUUUCUGGUGGUGUAUAUCAAGCUGCUUAUCCCAUCCACGAUGGGGAUCUCCACACAAAGGGCUCUGUAAGAAAUCUUUUACUUACUGAAUGGGCUUCGGUGUGCAAAUCUUUUCAUUAUCAACCACUAGAUCAUGUCAAAGAUUAUUUUGGAGUUAAAAUAGGUUUAUAUUUUGCUUGGUUGGGUUUUUACACGCACAUGCUUAUACCUGCUUCUAUUGUUGGACUCAUUUGUUUUGCGUACUCAUGGCUGAGUGUAGAGAAUAAUCCUGUAAGUCGUGAUAUUUGUGAGAAUCGUGGUGACAUUGAUAUGUGUCCUCUAUGUGAUCAUUGGUGCGGAUAUUGGAAAUUGAAUGAAACAUGUUUCCAUGCAAAAGUCACAAUUUUAUUUGAUAAUCCUACAACUGUAUUUUUUGCCAUAUUUAUGUCUUUCUGGGCAACACUCUUUUUGGAGCUGUGGAAAAGGUAUUCUGCUGAAAUUACUCACAGGUGGGAUCUAACAGGUUUUGAUAUUCAGGAAGAACAUCCGCGUCCACAAUAUUUAGCUCGUUUAGCUCAUGUAGAACGCAAGAUGAUAAAUAUCGUAACAAAUACUCUGGAACCUCAUGUGCCUUUUUGGAGAGUCAAAUUACCUGCAACAAUAUUAAGUUUUUCUGUAGUUUUGUUAUUGGUUGCCUUAGCUGUAGUUGCUGUUCUUGCUUUAGUUUUAUAUAGAAUGAGUGUGUUAGCGGCAUUGAGUGUUUAUGGGGACAAUGUUAUCACUAGUUAUGCAUUAUUAUUCACAACGGCCACAGCCGCCUCUAUUAAUUUAUGUUUAAUUGUUUUGUUUAAUAUGCUUUAUUCAUGGCUAGCAGAAUAUAUGACUGAAGUAGAAUUGUUAAGGACACAGACUGAAUUUGACGAUUCCUUAACAUUAAAAAUAUAUUUGCUACAAUUUGUUAACUACUAUGCUUCUAUAUUUUACAUUGCAUUCUUCAAAGGAAAAUUUGUGGGUUACCCUGGAAAUUACAAUAGGCUAUUUAAAUAUAGACAAGAAGAGUGUGGAUUGGGUGGCUGCUUAAUGGAAUUAUGUAUACAACUUUCUAUAAUUAUGGUUGGAAAGCAAGCAAUGAAUACAGUUCUUGAAAUGCUAAUGCCACUUGUUUAUAAAUGGUGGAAUAUAUUGAAAGUCAUUGGAAGAAAAGGAUCAACUAAGAAUGUCCGAGGAUCAGCAGUGCGAUGGGUAAAAGAUUUCAAACUUGUAGAAUGGGGUUCACGCGGAUUGUUCCCUGAAUAUUUGGAAAUGGUUUUACAAUAUGGUUUUGUGACUAUCUUCGUAUCCGCGUUUCCCUUAGCACCUUUAUUUGCCUUGUUAAAUAAUAUACUAGAAAUGAGGCUUGAUGCCAAGAAACUUCUAACGUUUUAUAGAAGGCCAGUCACACAACGAGUGAGGGAUAUUGGUGUCUGGUUUAGAAUAUUAGAUAGCAUAGGAAAAUUAUCAGUAAUAACAAAUGGAUUCAUUAUUGCUUUUACAAGCAAUUUUAUACCAAAGCUUGUGUACUCUUUAACCAAAUCACCUAAUAGAUCAUUGGAAGGCUUCUUGGAUUUUUCAUUAGCUAAAUUUAAUACAAGUGAAUUUCAAUAUCGAAGACCUGAAAAUAUCACCGAAUGUCGCUACCCAGACUAUCGUGAGCCCCCAGAUUCACCGAAUCGUUAUGAACUCUCAUUAGACUAUUGGCACAUUCUUGCGGCGCGGCUAGCAUUUGUCGUCGUAUUUGAGAAUGUAGUUGCAGUAGUGAUGAUAUUUGUACGAUGGGUUAUACCAGAUAUGCCUCAACAUUUGAGGGAUCAAAUUCGACGAGAAGCUUACAUCACUAAUGAGAUAAUCAUUAAACAGGAAGCGACUAGAGCGCGGGGAAAAGACUGUCAAAUGCUGGAUAAUGUAGUAUCUCAGCAGUGGGCUACUUUAUUGGACAGGACUCUAUCUGGGUCUCAACUUGACUUAGAAAUUUCUCGACGACAAACUUUCCAAAACACAGGACAAAGUAAUGGAUCUAUAAAUGACAACAUGAGGAUGAGCGGUGAGCAAACUCAAAGUCCAUCUACUUCAGUUUAUGAGCAUGUUACAGAAGUCUAAAUUAAAAUCUACUGCCUUUAUUAACAGUAUGGCAAAUCUUUAAGCCUUCUUCUUGUACAAAAGUAGCAAUCAUUUCACAUGAGAAUAGAAUGAUUUGAUCAUAAUUAAUAAACAAAUAAUACAUUGAAUAUAUUUUUCACCAGAAAGAUUUUC